AUGAAGAGAAAGGAAGCCCUUUACACCAAACCAUCACCAACCACCCCAGCCCUCUACACCAAACCCAUCACCAUCCACUCGAGCCCUCUACACCAAACCCAUCACCAACCACCCCAGCCCUCUACACCAAACCCAUCACCAUCCACCCAAUCCCUCUACACCAAACCCAUCACCAUCCACCCCAGCCCUCUACACCAAACCCAUCACCAUCCACCCCAGCCCUCUACAACAAACCCAUCACCAACCACCCCAGCCCUCUACACCAAACCCAUCACCAUCCACCCCAGCCCUCUACAACAAACCCAUCACCAUCCACCCCAGCCCUCUACAACAAACCCAUCUCCAUCCACCCCAGCCCUCUAUACCAAACCCAAUCACCAUCCACCCCAGCCCUCUACACCAAACCCAUCACCAACCACCCCAGCCCUCUACACCAAACCCAUCACCAUCCAACCCAGCCCUCUACACCAAACCCAUCACCAUCCACCCCAGCCCUCUACACCAAACCCAUCACCAUCCACCCCAGCCCUCUACAACAAACCCAUCUCCAUCCACCCCAGCCCUCUACACCAAACCCAACCACCCCCCACCCCCCCCCCCCCCACACACACCCACCCCCCACAGCCGGAACUUCAGGGCAUCUGCCUGCCAGCUAAUCAUCCCUAA